CUCCCCACAGACUGGCCACCUCCUCUUGCUCCUCUACUAUAAAUUUAAAGCCUGUCGGGUUCUCUGGCACCUAGACUUAGAGCACCCCACCGUGGGGGCUGGUAAACAGCCAUAAUGCUCAACUGGAAGCUGCUGGGGCUCCUGGUCCUUUGCCUGUGUGCCGGAGGCAUCUCAGGCAGUGGAGACCCCUCUCCCAGACCCACAGAAGCCCAAGAAGAGGACGACUCCCCAGCAUUGCCUCUGGGCCCCCCAAUCCCUGGUGACCCGUGGCCAGGGGUACCUCCUAUCUUUGAUGAACCUCCACCUCCAGGCCCCAACCGUCCCUGGAGAGACCUGCCUAAUGCUGGGGUCUGGCCCCCAGAGCCCCCUAGCACUGAUCCCCCUCAUCCUCCUCUGCCGGAUGACCCCUGGCCAGCAGGAACACAGCCCCCAGAAAACCCCUGGCCACCUGCCCCUGAGAUGGACCAUGAACAGCAAGAGGAGCCUGACCUUGACCCACCCCAGGAAGAGUACAGAUAGGGAGGGGACCCAGGGAAUUUGAGCAUCCUCAGGGCACACUCAAGCCCACCUCUUUCCUCUGGUGGCCCCUCGGAAUCUCAGUUUUCCCCUCCUAAGUCUCUGAUUGGAUUGUGUUCAGGUGUCUAUUGUCCGCUUCCCUCUCCUUCACCUUGAGGUCUGUAUUCAG